CCGAGACUGUUGAGUGUUGAGCAAAGUUCAUGUUCCAAGAAUAAAAAACUGCAUUGAAAGAAAUUCACAAUAUCUAUGUUUUGUUGUGUGAAAUAAAGCGUUGAGAAAAGCAAAAAAGGUGUAUUCAUCAGAAUGUAUGGGGAUGGUAGUUCAAGAAACGGUUCAAACCAAGGCCAGCAAACGUGGCCUCGUGGUAGUUCAGUAAAUUAUUCUGGGCAGAAUACAUUUGCAAGACCACAUUUUGGUGUUUCCAGUUAUUCCCCACAAUCUACAUAUAUUCCAAGGAAUGUAGUUCCACAUAACAAUCAGGGUAUUCAACAUAAUGCAGCAACAUUUUCUCAACAACAUGGUAUUUGGGGCAAUAAUGGUGCCUAUGGUGGCAUGUUUCCACCAGGACAAAAUUCAUACCAUCAAAGAGGAAUUAAUCCGGUACCAUACACUGUCAACCAAAGGAAUAACUCAGGAUUUAAUUUUAACUCUGGUGGUUAUGAUGGAAAUAGCAAACAACCAGCCAAUAUGUAUCAAUCACAGAAUGUUCCACUUGUAAAUCUAAAUUAUGGGACUCAUCAAUUACAUCAAAGUAAUGUACAGUGUUCAUCAAGUCAAAUAUUACCUCAAACUCAGGUUUCCUGUCAGGAAGAUGUGGACAAAAUGUGGUUAAAGAAUUGGUUGGAGCAAUGUCAUAUACAGACAACAGAAGUAAAGAAAAAGACUCUCAAGAUAAGUGAGGCACAGAGUCUUUUUCAACGUUAUUUGAGUCUUAAUAAUCAGUUAAAUCAAGAAUAUCAGAAACUUCAAGAAAAUCUUGAGUCUGGUGUUGAAGAAUGGGAAGAUUGCCUGGCAAAAGCAGAAAAAACUAAAGAAGAGAUUAUCUCAGUGCAAAAUACUUUGAAUGAUCCAGAUCUCAUUGAGGAUUUAGAUCAGAGGAUUCACAAAAGAAAGAAAAAACGAUUGUGGUUGAAAAAUCGUAGAAGACGUCGUUUCUUGGAGAAACAGAAUGAUGAAGAGAGGAGGAAAGUUUUACAUGAAAAAAUUGAUCUUCUGCAGAAAGAAAUCAGAGAUAAAGAUCUUGCAGCCAGAAAAGCAGCUUCCUUAAAACACGAAGCAGGAGGGGUUUUGGGUGAAGUCAGACGAAAACUGCAAGAUUCGUAUAAAUUACAAGAAUUAGUAACGUCCCUUACGAAGUUGCGAGCGAUCAGGCAGUCUGAAGGCGAGAAGAAAGGUGUUUACCCAAAGACGUCAUCAAGUGAGGAUAAUAAUUUCACAACAAGGUGUGAUUAUCUUGAUAAGAUGAUUGAAGAGAGAAUAAAAACUUACAAAGAGGAAGAAAAAGCUUUGAGAGUGAUUUUAAUGGAGGAAGAAGGACAAAGAGAAAUGAAAGAAAAGCAACAAAGAUUAGAACAAAAAGCACUUCUUAACUUAAGUAAAGAAGAUGAUCCUCUGGUUGAGUUUCGUCGUUUUUAUGAACAAGCAGAUGAAAGUAUUCAAUAUCUCAUUCAGAUCAGGAGAGACUGGGACAUGUAUCUUACUUCAGACAUAACUUUGGGUAGCAGAGUCCCGAAUGAGGACAUUCUUCCUUGUUCUCCCUCAAGUAGUUUGUGGGCCUCCCUUUUAGAGACGAAUGAUCACAGCAAGAAUAUGGAAUGUGGAUGAGGAACUUUAUGGAUUAUCCCACAGUCUCAUUUAGCUUUGUCUUCAUGUUCGCUUUUUCACGCACGUGUAUUUUUUAACAAUAAAAAAUUAUCACGAAUGUAUUUUGCCGUUUGCCAGGUUUUUGCCGUCUUAAGAAAGUUAGAAUGCUUCAAUAUGUUUUUCAUCCCGCCACAGCAAUUGUAAUAAAGAAACUGAGCGCAAAUUGCGUACAAUUCAUGCACAUUGUGCACAUGGAGUAAUUUCAGCAACUUUGCUUGAGAAAGUUUAACAUAGAUUCACUGGUAGUAAUGCCUAGAGUCAAAAAUCUCUUUUCUUAGCAUUCUGCGUAUAAUUUCCACUGUCCUAUAAACGGUCUACUUGUCAGAACCUGUGCCAUUCUUGAC